CCCUCAUUCUGAUUUUACGGAUUUUAUGAUUUCUCCCAAUUCCCAAACGGCUCAUCUUUCUAUUCUCACCACAUAACACUGCAACGGAGACAAAGAAAUUAGAGAACAACAAUGGCGCUCUGUAGUCUCUCUACACUGACAGCAUCAGCGACAUCGGCUCACUUUAGCUGUUUCAGCGCUUCAAACGAAACCAUCCUUUCGAAAUCCUCUUUCAAGCUUCCCUUUUUAUGGCCAUGGCAGAAGGAAAACAAGGUCAAAGUGGGCCCUCUUAGUGUUUCUCCAAUGGGGUUUGGGACCUGGGCAUGGGGGAAUCAACUCUUGUGGGGUUACCAAGAAUCAAUGGACAAUGAACUUCAACAGGUCUUUAAUCUCGCUGUUGAUAAUGGAGUCAACCUUUUUGAUACGGCUGAUUCUUAUGGAACUGGGAAAUUAGAUGGGCAAAGUGAGAAGCUUUUGGGCAAAUUUAUUCGUGAAUAUAAUGGGAAGAAAGGGGUGCGGGAAAACAUUGUAAUUGCAACAAAGUUUGCUGCUUAUCCUUGGCGGUUGACUCCAGGACAAUUUGUGAAUGCUUGCAAGUCUUCUGUAGAUCGAAUGGAACUUGAGCAGAUUGGGAUAGGGCAAUUGCAUUGGUCAACUGCAAAUUAUAAUCCAUUGCAGGAGAGGGCUCUUUGGGAUGGAUUAGUGGCAAUGUAUGAGAAGGGGUUGGUUCAAGGAGUUGGUGUAAGCAAUUAUGGUCCUAAGCAACUUGAAAAGAUAUAUAAAUAUCUCAAAGACAGAGGAGUUCCUUUAUGCUCUGCUCAGGUGCAGUUUUCUUUAUUAAGCUACGGAGAUGAGCAGAUGGAGGUCAAGAAUAUAUGUGAUUCUUUAGACAUCAAGUUAAUCGCAUAUAGUCCUCUAGGACUUGGGAUGCUUACCGGAAAAUAUACUCUUUCAAAUCUGCCAAGUGGGCCCAGGUCAAUACUGUUUCGGCAAAUCCUUCCAGGACUGGAACCUUUGCUGCGUUGUUUGAAAGAAAUAGCUACUAGGCGUCAGAAAACUAUGAGUCAAAUAGCAAUUAACUGGUGCAUCAGUAAGGGUACGAUUCCUAUACCGGGUGUCAAAACUAUCAAACAAACCCAAGAAAAUUUGGGUGCUCUCGGUUGGCGUCUCAGUAGGGACGAAAUGAAUCAAUUGGAAGACGCAGCACAACAAUCUCCUCGCAAGAUGAUCCAGAACGUAUUUCAAACCAGGUGAUCGAACAGUUAUCAACGAAGAAAUCGAGAGAACAAUACUACCACAUAUAUUCAAGUUAAGAUAUGAUUCCAACUCCAUACUAUCAUUGUGGAAAUUCCAGGAGAAGAUGAUACCCACGACUCCGCGAGGCCAUUGUACAGGUAAUUAUCAAUCCACUUUUGGGUUUUACGCGACAUGUGAAUUCCCUGUUCUAAUGCUACAUUCUAGUCAAAAUCAACCUCUUUGUUAAUUUUCAAGUCCAUGUAAAGAUCUAGAAGAUGGAGGAAGUAGUACAUUCUUUCCUUGCUAUACAUUCUUUCCUUGCUAUACAUUCUUGCAGUUAUAAAAUGAUUAUCUUUAUAUAAUGAUUGUAGGAAAUGAAAUUCUAACCCUUCACUCAA